CAGCUGACUGCCAACACAUGACAAUAUUGACAGCAGUGCUACAGAAAAUCUAAAUAAAAGACAGUAGUGUCGUGUCGACGAAGGAUUAGGUAUUCGCCGGAGCAGUUAUGUAUUUACAUUUUAAGAAAUAAUUGCUUUUUGAUAAAACAAAAUAUUACUGUAGUGUGUAUUAAAUCAUCUCCAAGGUACGUUUACCGUGGUAUAUUUAUGUGUACUAGCAACUUUUCACAAGGCGUUAUGAGUCUCGCUUUGUAACAAAUAAAAGUUCUGUUCUAAAAAUGCAUCAACCCCAAGAUGCCAUCAUACGGAUUGAUAUACCGGGUUCCAGCAAAACUGCCGAGAAACCGCAAAAGGCUGAAAUCAACAUUCUAUGUUUCAACUUAACUCCAUACAGUGAACUUACUCAAUUUUCAUUAUGUGCCCUCUUCGUAUUUAUAUUCUACCUAGCCUAUGGAUAUUUCGUAGAAUUAAUAUUUUCUGAUGCCGAAGUUAAACCGGUUAGUUUAUACAUGACACUGGUACAAUUUUUAAUGACUAUGGCAUUGAGUUUUGUCGAGUCUCUGAUAAGGAAUCCUAUAAAACGGAAAGUACCAAUCAGCACAUAUGCACUGCUUGCAGCAUUGACUCUUGGAACAAUGUCUUUCUCAAACUUAGCUCUAAGUUACCUCAACUACCCUACACAGCUGAUAUUCAAGAGCUGCAAGCUUAUUCCGGUCAUGAUUGGAAGUAUUUUUAUAUUGGGGAAGCAAUAUGGGUUCCUGGACUACAUCGCCGCUGUGGUUAUGUGUAUUGGUCUAACCAUGUUCACGUUGGCGGAGUCCAGCACGUCUCCGAAGUUUAACUUCAUAGGUAUCGUAGUGAUAUCUCUGGCGCUCCUGUGUGACGCUAUCAUCGGGAACGUUCAGGAGAAGGCGAUGAAACAGCACCAGGCGUCGAACAACGAGGUCGUGUUCUACUCGUAUGCCUUGGCCUGUUCUUACUUGUUUGUCAUUACUGGCCUCAGCGGCGUUUUGAGUGAGGGAUUCAAUUAUAGCAUGCAGAAACCCCUAACAAUAUACCCGAAUAUUUUCUUCCUAAGUCUGAGUGGGUAUGUGGGUCUGCAAGCAGUGUUAACAUUGGUCCGCAUCUGUGGCGCCACUGUCGCCGUCACUGUCACCACCUUCAGAAAGGCACUAUCUAUUAUCAUAUCCUUCUUACUAUUCAGCAAGCCUUUUGUUUUCCAAUACGUUUGGUCUGGCAUGCUGGUAGUCCUAGCUAUAUAUUUGAAUCACUACAGUAAGAAACAUCCGCAUUAUGUUCCCGCUCCGCUUCGUAGAUGCUGGCAAUACAUGGACACUUUCUACCAAUCGGAGUACAGGUAUCUCAGGAUUAAGAGCAAAGUCUAUGCAGAUACUGUAUAGACUAAGGAUUAAGACGGUGAAUAGUUCAAUACUAGAAUUGAUUUAAAGAUUUCCUUUCCAAAAUUAAUAUUAACACCUUUUAGAGUAUGUCUGACUCGUUGCGGAAAAGAGAUGUAUAUAGCGUCGUCUCGCUUCCACAAUUAACUUAAAAUAAAGGCUUAUUUAGACGAUGCGAGAAUAUCAUAAAUGUGGAAUACAUUGCUGAGUGAUAGUCCAAUAGCAACAGAAAUAAUAUUGACGUCAAUGUACCGCAUGUUAUUCCUCGCACCGUCUAAAACAGCUUUGCUCGAAAAAUGGAUGACAACUAUUGUUUAAUCUUAUUGUAGAUCAACAUAACCAGAUUGCAAGCAUUUAUUUUUAAAUUCUACUAAUUUUUAAUAACCAGUGAAAUAGAUUAGAUGAUGAAUUAAGUAUUGACCUUUUUGUGGGGUUGAUCAUAUACCAUGAGGUAAAAUGAGUUUGUAUAGAAUUAACAACAGGAUGCAUUUUAGGUCAGAAUCUUUUUUUACUAUUGUUAUGGUAAAUAACAUAGUCUCGAGUGAUUAUACAUCUCAGUCUAUACAAAGACUUAGGUAGCACUUACCCAGAUAGCUGGGUAGGUGCUCUCAAAUCUCAAUGUGCAUGUAUCAAUGCAAUUGUUAUUAGUGUGUCAGUGACAAAAAACAAGCUGCAUUUUUACAUUAAGUCAUUGUAUACUUGCAAGUGUUACCCACACAUAGCGCUGAGCACACAAUUGAAUUGAAUAUUUUAGUCUAGUAUUAUAAUGUUUGACAUAUCACGAAUCAUUCGCGUCUCGAUGACCUACAUUUAAUUGUAGUUACUUGGCUGUAAUAUUUCUUAGGAAAUAAAUAGCGUUCAUUUAGUUUAAAAAAAAAUAUACCUAUACCUUUUUUAGGUAUUUUAAAGGAGGUAAACAAUCUUAUUAUGUAUUUUUUUCUAGAAACUCAUCUAAAUAUAACGUUUCUGAAAAAAUCAAUAUUAGAUUAUCAAAUCAAAUAUAUCACUGAAAUAUAUCAAUCCUUUUUUAAGUGUUUGUAUAAAUAGAAACUCCAAGAUUGUUUACCUUUAUAAGUACCUUUACAAACUGAGUAUAAGUGUUUAGUUUUAAAAGUGUAUUUACAAUAAUGUAUGUUUAUUUACGACAUGCAUAUAUCUAAAAGAAAUGAUGAAUUUGAUCUAAAUAGCGCAAAUUAAUUAAUUUAAAUGUUUUCAGGAAAUUUCAUGUUUUAGACUUAGACCUAAAUGAGAUUAUUUAUAUGGAAAAGUGAUUUUGAUUAAUACUUGGCUAAAGUAUUUCUUAUAUUUGUGAGUAAAUUUUGACAUUGUAUUGCAUUUUUGCCCCGUAAUGAGAAUAACAGAUCAAUAUUAUAAUUAUUAUAUAUCUGUUAGAUUUAAUAUCUUUUAAAUUAAUGACGAUCUUAUAAAGAGAUUAAUUUAUCUGAAACAUCAGUGCUCGAUAAUAGUCUUCCAAUCUUAUUAUUUUAAUUUAUUGUUAUGUAAUACUGAUAAAUGUGUAUUUGUAUAAGUAUGUAACUUUCAAUGAUAUUUUUGAAUACCUCCCUGUUUUAACUGUAAUACUGUAUAAAUAAUUUACUUUAUUAUAUAUUGUGAUAUUUGUGAUACAAUUUAGUUUGCUUUUAUUUUUAAAUAUGUCUCCAAUGUUUGCAUCGCCAACACGUGGGUUUUGUAACAGAUAUGGAUUUUAAUAGGUACUGGCACUAGGGAUGAUGAAGUUUUAAGAUUAAAAAUCUUUUUAAUCCGUCACAUAGAUAAUAACAAAAAUAUUUUACACGUAGGUAUUGCUACAUUUAUCUGUACAAAAAAAAGUUAAACUGUUUUAAAGAUUAGGAGAGGGGCUUGUGACGUAACGAUUUAGUAAUACACAAGUUUGAUGCCACUCGUAAGUUCCAUUCACUGUAAUUUGAUCAAUUUGUUUGCGUGGAUAGUAAAAAAGUAUAGAUUAUUUUCAUUAAAAUAUAAGAUGGGCACUAAAAACAAAUAAUUGCCAUCAUCCCUAUUGUUUGCCGCGCUUUACUUGGUUCAGGUGAUUACCUCAAUGCCACACACGCGUUUUAUGUUAGGUGUCUAUCUCAACAUGCGGGUCUAUUUUUUCAUAGGACUCGCUAGUAUGUUUAUGCUGAUAAUUUCAACAAUUUCUGCCAGUGAAUCCAAAGCCCACGCAUGUAUAACGUGUGUGAUGCAGCAACAUAUUUACAGAUUCUUUAACAUUUGGAAUAUUGAUAACAUUCAAUUUUCUGAAUCAAUUGAUAUUAUUAUUUUACCUUUAAAUAACAAUUCGCAAUAAAGUUUUGUCAUUAAUGAAGUGCUGUGUAUAGAAGGUAUUGUAAUGAUUUAUUUUAACAGUCAUUUGUGACUAUUUCAUUAAUCAAUCAUAUAUUAUACGUAUUUAUUAAAUACUUGUAAUUGUAUUAUUUUAUGUCAAUUUGUAUGUGUAAUAAGGUAUUUAUUUUCAUUUUGAUUUAGAAGUUCAAUGUUACUGAUUUCUCAAUCGCGUUUAUUGCGAAUUCAGUAAAAAAAAGUGGAAAAAACAGUGACCAUGUUUAGUGACUAAAUAAUUGAUAUGUGAAUGUAUUGUAAUUAUCCGGUGUAAAUAAAAUACAUUAUUUAUA